GAUGAGCUGACAACAUUGCGCCAGCAUGCUCAAACAUUUUUCAUUCCGCGUGUUUUUUUCCUGCAAAUAUUAAAUUCUGUGAGAUUUGUCUUUAUUUAUUGUGCUUUAAUAUAGUGAUUAAAUAUGACUACCUCGCUGCAAGAGCAACUACAGCGCCUGGCCGUGCCACAGACCAUGGCAUUGGCCGAUGCGCGUUCCAAGGCUUCGGUGUUAUUUGACCGCAAGGAAGCUGGCACGAAAACGCGGCGCACCAUCUAUGAAAUUGGCAUAGCCGGAUUACAGGAACUCACCGCACUUAACCCAAUAUUUCAAUCGUUUGAAGCUACGCUCUUCAAUGAAUCUACCUUAGAUUUAGAACGUUCUGUUGAGCAGAGUGAUUUGAACAAAUUGCUUGACCGCAAUAUUAACAAAUUUCUUAAUCGCCUCUCUCCCUACUUCCUGCUGCGCUCAUCGCUUAUGUGCUUGGAGUGGUUGAUACGUCGUUUUCACAUACAAGAAUAUAAUCGCAAUGCUUUGUUGGCAUUAGCAUUGCCUUAUCAUGAAACCAAUGCAUUCAUGCUGGUCCUGCAGGUCAUACGAAUCAAGCAGUCAGAUAAAGAAUGGAAUUGGUUGCGUCCUUUGCAAAAGCCUGGUGUACCGGUACCCAAAUCUGUAUUGCUCAACCGUGCAGCCACGGACGUAGCUUUUCUUAAAUUUGUCUGUCAAUCUACAAUGGAUGCAGUGAAAGAAUGGGGCACACAGGCGAACUCGCUGCAAACUCUACUUAAUUUUUAUGCAUCAGUGGUUGUUGGCGCUUUAGAGCACGCAUCCCGGGUGGAGGAAUGGCAUAUUAUCACAAUACUACCUUCGUUGAUUAAAGGCUUACAGUCCGAUGUGUUGGACUAUGCAGCAGCUGCUUUCAUAGUAGCCACGCAGCUGCUGGCACGCACACAGGUAACCACAAAGUUGUGUAAAGCUUUGGUGGAUCGUGCUGCAGCUGUGUCGCUGGAACGUUUACGGGCAACGGCAGUGCUAUUUCUAGUCUUCUUAUUUGACAAUCAAAAGAAAGCUAAUCCGCAAUUUAGCGAGAGAACUUUGCUUAACUUGGCCACUCAGAAGUGGUUCACUAUGCACUUGGCAAGUUUGGCUAAGAGCAAUGUGUAUGUGCAUUCGUUGUAUGUAGCGCUGCUGCAAGAUGCUUUGAAGGCCAUCCAAGAUGGUCAUGAUGAGUCAGUUUUGUUGAAAGCGUUUCUUGAGCGUUUAUUAGACGAUAUAAAACUGAAUGAUGAAUCGGCCCAGGAGGUAAUUAAGGCUUUUCUUAACUCUUAUAAAGAGCAGCCGAAACUAUUGCCGCCACAGGACAGUGAGAUGAUUGAGCUCAGCUCCGAUGAUGAUGAUGAUAAUGUUACCAGUAGCAGCUUCCAGUCAUGGUACUCUGAAUAUUUGCGUAAAUUGGAAAGGAAAUAUCCAGCGGCAUUUGAUCUAACAAUAAAAGAGGGCUUAAAUUCGAAUAAUGAUGACUUGUCAAGCAAACGUAGCGUGCUUAAAAUGGCUUUAGGUUUCCGAUUAAAAACAUUUGACACCAAUGCCACAAAUAUAUACGAACAGUUGUAUCAUCACACUGCCACUAUACGCGCAUUUGCGGUAAAAACACUACUCAGCAAUUUAAAUGAUUACCGCGCUCGUCCACAAAAUUUGCAUCUGUUGCGCGAAAGCUUGGCCGAUCGCAUUGCCGAUGACAGUGAAUUGGUUGUCGCAGAAAUAUUGAAAUUGCCUACUAAGGAGUUUGUGCAGGUGUUGGGUACAGAUAAAGUAGCAGAAGCGCUGAUUGGUAUAUUACAUAAAGUGCAGUUGGACGCAACACACUGGGCGCCGCUAACAGCUGCGGCCGUGAAGCAUUUAACUUCCGCAGAAGUUGUGGCAGACUAUGAUACAAACAUUAUAUUACUCGCGCUAAUGCCGCAACUAUUUCCUGAUGAAAUUGACGAUCAAAGAUUUGAAGCUAUAUCGGAAAUAAUUGAGAGCCCACUAGGCGAGAAGUUUGGCUUCCUCAAGGAGCUUAAAUUGCCUGCGAAGAGUGAUGUUUACAAUGCUGCAGGGUUUAAGUCCCAAUUCCUCGAAGUAAUUUCAAAUUCACCACACAUCCCUGGCGGUUUGAGUCUCUUCCGCAGCGCUGAAUCGCAUGGCGAACGCAUAUUCAGCAGCGCAUUGCAUUUCGCGCAUUUGUUAAUGUUAGCAACCGCUUGCCUGAGCAAGGAUUCCACAGGGGCUGAGGCUGGUUAUAUAUUUGCGCAGACGCGCUUACAUUAUCGCCGUUUUCAAGUGCGCCAACUGGAAAACAAGCAAUGGAAUUUCGUAAAGAAACAAGAUUGCAUACCAUUGCAACUUUUCUCCGAUUUUAUCGUAGCAUUGGCGCGUUAUACACGCUUCGAACAACUCAUGGAGUGGGAGCAGAUGCAGGAUGAUUUACGCACAUUCUUUGGCAUUUUCAAUCUUCUAUCCGAAGAAGGCUUCAAUCCACGCAAUCCACCGCAGCAGCAAAUGGAAUGGUUGAAAACACUAAAAGAAGUAUUUGGCAUCGCUUUUGAUAGCGCACAAGAGAAGCUAGAAUUCCUCUCCAACUUCUAUGUGUAUGAAGACAACGCUGCUGUUGGCGAGGAGUAUCCGCUUUUACGCUUGCGUGCCUUCAAGCUAACCAAUGCCUUAUUAAAAAACAAGCAAAACAAAUUGCAACUAAAUGCCUCGCACGUUUACCGCAUCGCGACCGCAUUGACUGCGCCCUCGGAGACCACACGCCUGCAGGCGCUUGAAACACUAAAGGUACUGCAGGAAAGCGUUGAAUUAAAGGCACAUUUAUCGCAGUUCGUCGACAGCAUACUGGCGCGCAGCUACGAGUUUAGCAUGGACCACGAGCAAUUCCCGCUCAUACUGUACACUAUACUCAAACCAACGCAGAAGAAACAACAGCCACAAAGUGUGAAAAUAUUGCGAGAAAUUCUGCAGCUAAUCACGGCUGAAGACUCACUUAAUAAUGCCGUAUUCACAGCGCAAGUGCUGAAAACCUUGAAGCACAUAAAUGACGAUAAUUUGUUAGCUGAUUUAAUACCGCUGGGCGCGCGCACCUUUAAGAAAGCACGCAGAGAGGAUGCACUGCUGCUGCUACCCGAGCCAUAUUGCACUAUACUGCAGCUAAUUUGCGAACGCUUUGAGAGUCACACAAUCGAUGCUGUGCUGGCGGACGAUCCAGCGGCUUGGCAGUUCAUUGAGCAAAUAUUUACAGCGCAUAACGUAUUUGUGCCGCAUAAUGGCAAGCUGCGUUCCGUGCCUUGCCUGCUGCUCGAGGUGCUUGACGAAUACUGCUACGAGCAGAUGCCGCAGAAUUAUAAAAGCGAGCUUGUGAAAUUGAUUGUGAAAACAAUGGCCGCCUCAGAUAAUGAUGCUGUCUUCCUUAGUUCCAACAAGAUGCUGAAAAAGUGUACGGUUAAUUGUGCGCCACUCGUCGACUUGUUGGUGCAAAUGUGUCGCGUUGAUGGCACUUCAGAAGCAAAUGCUAAGCGUAAGUCCCUAGCCGCAGCUGCUGACAAACGCGAUCAGAAAGCUGUUAGCUUAUCAACGGCGAAAGUGAGCACUUUUGCAUGGAAGCAGGGUGUAGCGCUGUUGGAGUUGCUCGAACACAAAAAGAAGCUCGUGCAGUCGGAGCAAUUGUUGGCGCCGCUUUUCGAACUAUUGCGCUUCUGUUUGGAGCAGGAGGAGCAAACUGUGGUGGAGUAUACGAAGCAAUUGGCGCUUUCCAUGAUACUCCAUUGCUGUCAACACGCGCGGUCAAGCGGCGUACAGCUAACCAACGUGCUGCCAAAGUCUACUUUCCGCAUUGAUUUGAUCGUACAGUGCGUGCGAGGCGCGCAGAACCCGCAAACACAGAAUAACGCCUUACUGUUGUUGUCUCACUGUGCAGCGCUCUUUCCGCAGCAGGUGUUGCAUAGUGUAGUGGACGUGUUCACAUUCAUGGGCUCAUCGGUAGUGCGGCACGAUGAUGCAUUUAGCUUCCACAUCAUCAACAAUGUGAUAGAGUCUAUCGUGCCGAUACUGGUGCGUUCGCAGGACAGUAGUGCAAAAGGCGAUGGUAAUACUUCCGCAUAUGUCAUACCGGUGCUAAAGGUGUUCUCCGAUAUACUGCUGGAUGUGCCCGAGCAUCGCCGUUUGCCACUCUACCACAAGCUGUUCCAGACGCUCGGUGCCGAGCAAUACCUAUGGAUUUUCCUCUGCAUUGUUUUUGAGGCAAUUGUGCUGGAGGAUGAAAAGCAGCGAUUAUUGCAACGCAAGAAUAAAAACGCGAAACCCACAACGUCCUCAGCAUCAGGGGCAAGUGGUGGCGAGAAAUUCUCGAAGCGCUUGGAAAUCUGCUUGGAGUUGACCAACACUUUUGAACCACAAAUAACGCUCGAGACAUGUAUAGAACUUCUAAGUUACAUCAAGGCGCUGCCGCUCGACAAAAAAGACGGCGGAAAUAGCAAGGAGAAAAACAAGCCGAUGCCGCUAGCCAUGGAUUCUACCGAAAUGAGUCUUUUCGACGUGCAAUCUCGCACCGCCAAGCAACUGCGACACUACAAAUAUGUCAUCAUGCAGUUUCUCUCGACCAUUUCCAAUUCAACAGAGUUUUUGCGUAAAAUUGCGUUGCUCACCGACUCCGAACAAUUGUCUAUAAAAUCCUAUUAUCAGAGUUUCAUCAUUAAAACACUUUCGUAUGUUCCCGUCGUCAACACUGCCAUUGAGGCAGCCGAGGAAGUGUCACAAACCAAGUUCUGGAAGGUCAUACUACACCACCUGCACGAUGUGUUGGACAAUGCCAUAUCGCUGUUCUCCCCGGACAUGUUCCUCGUCGUCAUACACGGGCUCAUGCGACAUCAGCUACUUAGCAUACGAAAGAAAGUUAUUGAAUUGCUGAUCAGUAAACUCCAGCAACGCGAUGGCUAUUUUGAAAAUUGUGAUCCAGAUAAUUUCUACAAUCUACUUGAGCCGCUAAGUGACAUCACGUUGGGCAUACUCAAGCAUCAGGAGCCGCCAUCAACUUCGGGCACUGCAUCGCCUUCUUCCUCCAAUGAUUUGGUAUUCCUACAGCAGACCGCACUGAUUGCCAUCAAACUCUUAUCGAAAAUGUUUGCGCUUCAACAUAUCGAGGAGUUUAAAGAAAUACUGGGGCAUUUAAUAAAGGUGUUAAAACAACGUUCAAAUAUCUCAAAAAUUGUGCUGGCAACUGUUCUUUUGACGAUUGUUGAAAUUUCUUCGAACUUGAAAGCGCAUUCAUUGGCACUGCUGCCUAAAUAUAUGCCGCAGAUGAUUGAAAUUCUGCAAGAUCAAGCGAAGCUGGUGCAAACGCAACCACCGGACAAUGUGUGCAUCGCUAUUAUCACAGGCACCCAAAAGCUCUUCGAAUCCCUGCCACUCUUCUUGGGCCCCUACAUAGUGGAUGUAAUCACCGCGCUGAGUACGAUUUCCGCCAUUAUUAGUGCACAACAACAAAAUGAGCGCGAUCAACGUACCACCACCGCAUUGCAUCGCAUCUCCACCAUCUGGUCGAAAAUAGCAAGCGACGUGCCGGUUCGCAUACUCGUACCCAGCUGCGAGAAGUCCUACCGCAAGCUAAUGGAUGCACACAAUUACGCCGACAUUGGUGUUUUAAUGGAACUGCUACCCGAAUGCAUCAACAAGACAGCGAGCGCUGAUCUGAGCGGUGUGCAAAGUGAGUUGAGCACAUUCUUCUUGUAUGCCUUGGAAUUCCGUUUGCAGGUGCAAGGCCAUUGUGAGUUUGAGCGAGCUGCUAGCACCGAAAAAGUUAUUAUCGAUGCCUUCGUCACUUGGGUAUUGAAGCUAUCCGAGAGCAGUUUUCGUCCAUUCUAUCAGAAGGUGUAUGAGUGGGCCAUUAAACAACGGGCACAACGUGAAACCAUUCUAACAUUCUUCCUGCUCACCAACCGCAUCGCCGAAGCGCUCAAAUCAUUAUUCUUACUCUUUGCGCGCGACUUCAUCGACGAUGCGGCUACUUUGCUAAACGACUACAAUGCGGCAAAACAAGCGAUUGAUACCGAUGUGGAGACACUCACCGUCAAUAUUGUUAAAGCCAUAUUGAAUACACUCCACACCCUCUUCCUACACGACAGCAAAGGUUUCAUCAACAGCCAACGCUUUGAGGUGCUCAUGGUGCCACUGGUUGAUCAGCUGGAGAAUCGCUUGGUGUUGGAAAACGAAGAAUUGCAGCAGUCAUUGCAGGCAUGCCUUGCACAGUUGGCCGCAGCCGUCUCGAAUGACAUCAUGUGGAAGCAGCUGAACUAUCAAGUGUUGAUGAAGACACGCACAAACGUACCUGAGGUGCGCAUAUUGUCCUUCAAUUGCUGCGUGGAGAUUGCACGCAAAUUGGGUGAAGACUUUACGUCACUGCUGCCGGAAACGGUGCCUUUCGUGGCCGAGCUGUUGGAGGAUGAGAAUCAGCGUGUGGAGAAGAACACGCGGCAGGCUGUGCAGGAGCUCGAAAAUAUACUCGGCGAGUCCUUGCAGAGUUACUUAUAAGUUGUGAGUGCUUUAAAAUGAAUGGCUAAAAGAGGGUAAUAAAUAUUUGACAAUAUUCAAGAAGAAAAAAAAGCGAGUUGUUGCAUGGCUAAAAACUU